ACCGGGCUGAAGCGCGGAUGCAUGAUACUCGGGGGCAGCAGCCAUGUCACGCCCUACCUCGACCACUUCUACAGCCACGACGGCAACGAGCAGUGGACAUUCGCGCACCAUGUCGGUCAAGACAGUCACUAAGCCUCAGCCAGUAAAUUCCAUAUCAGUGUCUGAUAUCAAGAUCUUCGUGACCAACCUGCGACUGCUCGACUUUGACUUGCGCCAAGACUGGCCCGGUAUCACGGUCCAGACUUUCUCGGGCAAGAAUGCGGACCAGAGACAGAGAAUCGGUGGAACCGAGUGGGCCUUGUUCCGCUUGUUCGAGAUUUGGGAUCCAAACGAAACAGCCCAGAAACUUCAACCCUUCUUUCCCCCACUCGAACCCCUCCAAUCGCUAAACCUCCGCGCCGCCCUCUACCGAUGCUUGAACGAAUUGAAGAAAAAUGGGCUGCUGGGCAGGGAGUCGGUUCUUAGAAAGACUAUGUUGGAUGAGUGCAAGGGCGAAAAGUUCUACGAGAUCAUUGCUAUAUUCUCCAAUGCAGUUCUUAAAAAGGUCAUCGCAGCGAGGGAGCAAGGCCUUGAGGAUGUGGCAGUUGCACGGAGGCUAGCGACUGCGCCCAUGCUGUCGGCAGACCAACAACGCUCGUUGCUUCCACUGGCAAUUGCGCACAAGGCAGCUCUGCAAAAUGUGCUGAGGCAAAAAGAGGAAAAGAGGAGGAGAUAUAUGGAAUUCCAAAAUUUGCUGGAUAACAAGGCCGUAGACAUCAAUAGUCGCAUACACAAGUGCAAGGAAACGCCUCGAGCAAAGAGGCCGGCGGUACCCCCGAAGGAGGCAGAGGCAGUCAAGAAGCAACUCAAGGACAAUUGGAUUGGCAACCAGAAAUGGCUGCAUGUCAUGCUUCACGGCGACGGUGUCCACGCAGAAGAUGCUUUCCUCAAUGGUCGCUUCGACAAAGUCUGGCAUAUGGUGGAGAAGGGCAGCAAAUUGGAGGAUGUCGCGGCUGAGGCUGGGCUACUGGAGAAUCUGCAGUCACGGGUGCAAGAACAGCAAAAGAGAUUGCAGACAUGGAAGAACUUCCACGAAGAGCUACGGGGAGAAGGAACAGAAAAGAGUGCUUCGGUAAAUGGCAAAGCUGGAACGGCUAUCAAGGAGUUCAAGUUCAAGGAUCACUCGCAGUAUCAGCUGCCCUCCUUGAAGGAAACGAUCGAUGUCAAGAGCAAGCGGCCGGCUAUGCGAACAAGAUAUCGGGACAUCUUGUCCGAGAUGGAGGAUGAACUUGAAAAUGCAUCCAAAGUCAAAGCAAAUCCCAUCUCUACCAUUAUACCGCGAAGGCGUGUCUCGCCGAAAAAGGCCCCUCCACCUGUGCCAAACCGAAGUAAGAAGCCUGCACUCCCUGAAUCGUUUCCAGCAUCACCAACGAGCUCUGCCGUGCCUCCUAAACCUCAAUUACAAUCGAGACAGCACUCUUUUGAUAAUGUCCCAGUCCUCCCCCGGCCAUCACGACAAGUUCCAGUGGUUGUUACACCAAUCGACUCGGAUGCAACUUUGAUUCCCAGCACAGCACCCACUUCAGAUACUGUUGAGUCUUCAGUUGGAACACCACACGAGGCCUCACCUGUAUCUAGAUCUAUACCGCCUACUUCUGACCCAAUUGACGAGACACUUAUCUCCGAAACUACAGAGGAGACACAGCAAGAAGCAUCGCCUGAACCCGUACCGGCAGUGUCGUCCAGCUAUUCAUCUCAACCGUCAAUCCCUACCUUCGACCCACCAGUCCUUGACGCCGAAGAAGCCCUAGCCGACCAAAUCAUAAACUCCAUCGGCGAAGCAACGCCCUCCCCCGUCAAAAAGCCACAACCACGAAUGUCUCUCUCCCUCAUGGAGCGCACACGCAUGACAAUGGCGCGCACAAACUCGUACGAAGCCGUCCCGGAAUCCCCAGACCUCCCCUUACCCUCCACCAUGGGUCCACCAUCCCUCCCGGAAGACACCGACCGACAAGCCACCCUCCUCGAACGCACACGCCUCAGCAUGCUCGCCACCCAACAAUCCAACCACCCCCGCCCCGACCAAGCAAAUAAUCAAACACGCAAAACUAGCCGUUCGAGCUUGUUUCCUGUAAACCAAUUCGGCACCACUCCCCGCACUCGCAGAUCCAUGGAGAACCUAGGCGACGACGACGACGAUGACGCAGAUAAUAUUGAACGUACUCCCACGGAACAAUUGUUCAGUGAUGAAGUGGAUUACGACCGCGUGUUUAAAAGUAGACCCCGUAUUGCUACUAGUCCCGUGUGGACGCCGGGGAAGGAACCUGAUGGUGAUGAUGACGAUGAUGAUGUAGAUGGUGUUACGGGCAUUGAUCUGGGGGAUGUGGAUCAGGAUGAUGACGAGGAUGGGUUUACGCAGAAUUGGAUGGAUAGUCCGAGUCGGGGGAAGGGGAGGGUGUGA